AAUUUAUACUUUUUUGACAGUACUGUGACCUGCUAAUGCUCUUGCAAAUGAUACAUAAUGACUUUUAUUUUGUUUCCCCCAGCUCCGCACCGGAAGAGUGAGCUUGCUGUGCUACAGCUGGCUCUCCUUCUCGCCGCUCACGUUCGUUUUACUCAGGGAAACACAGUAUUGCUGAGCUGUUUCGUAGCAAUAAUAUCGGACACAUAAUAUAAUCGCGUAAAUCUGGGGCGGUACACGCAGUAAAGCAGCAUGGCAUUAAAGAGAAUACAGAAGGAGCUUCAAGACUUGCAGAGGGACCCUCCUGCCCAGUGCUCUGCUGGACCGGUUGGUGAUGACUUGUUUCACUGGCAGGCAACAAUAAUGGGACCUAGUGACAGUCCAUACCAAGGAGGGGUCUUCUUUCUCACAAUUCACUUUCCAACAGACUAUCCCUUCAAGCCGCCAAAGGUAGCGUUCACAACAAAAAUCUACCAUCCCAACAUUAACAGUAAUGGAAGUAUUUGCCUGGACAUCCUGAGGUCGCAGUGGUCUCCAGCUCUAACGGUUUCAAAAGUUCUUUUGUCCAUAUGUUCUUUGCUUUGUGAUCCAAAUCCUGAUGACCCCUUAGUCCCAGACAUAGCACACAUCUACAAAUCAGACAAAGAAAAGUACAACAGACUAGCAAGAGAAUGGACCCAGAAGUAUGCAAUGUGAAGACUUAAUGGACAUUUUUUUAAGUCACAAAUCACUGUAAAUUCUAGCAUCUAAAAGUAAGAUUAGGUUAUAUUAUUAAACACAUUGUACUGUUAACAUUUACCAUCUGAAAUGACCAAUAAUAAUAGCUGAACUAGUAUUUUGAAGGGGACUGUGCGCCGCACAAAAAGACAUUAAGCUUUUUAUUGGUUUUGUGUAUUUUGGUCAUUCCCCGCAGUGGUGUUGGGCACUUAGAUUUCUUGUUUCAUAAAUCCUAUUUAAGAUUGGCAUGAUGUUAUACAACUGCAGUUACCCUACACAAGGGACAUUAAGAAAUUGAAAACCAUUUUAAUGUAUCUCUCAUUCAGUUGAUUACAUUUUCUUUUAGAUAUUUUUAUUGUAUAGUUAAGAGCAACUAUACUGGAUCUAUAUUUUUCUUUUUUAUUUUGCAUUAAAAUUUGUUUAAAAGCGUG